AGCAUCACCCAGACAUACAGAUUAGUGUGACCAUCAGUUCAGUUGGUGCAGACUAGUUCGCGUUUUCAUUAUCCAGGACAGCUUUGUAUAAAAGUUGUUUAGAGUACCUGGGAUUCUGAGGAAGGUGGAGGAGAAACUUGGGAGUGACGACCAUUCUGGAGAGUUGGGAUGCUGCGACUGCAGACACAGGUCUCUAAACUCUGUAAUGGGGCAAGGAACCAGCUGCUGUCAGAAGUAGGGGCCACAAGCAAGCCCUGCUAUGGCUUCCGACUUCCAAAGGGGGUGGCACCCUACUCGGCACAGACUGCUAGUGCUGUGAUCAAGACUGAUGAACGGGUGAUAAAGAAACUCAUGGUGGCCAAUAGAGGUGAAAUUGCCAUCCGUGUGUUCCGAGCAUGUACGGAAAUGAAUAUUCGCACUGUGGCGAUCUACUCGGAGCAGGACAUGAUGCACCUACACCGACAGAAAGCAGACGAGUCAUAUAUCAUCGGCAAGGGUCUUGCUCCAGUGGCGGCUUAUCUCAACAUCCCAGACAUCAUCAGGAUAGCCAAGGAGAAUGAUGUAGACGCCAUACAUCCUGGGUAUGGAUUCCUAUCAGAAAGAUCUGACUUUGCACAGUCAAUCAUAAAUGAAGGGAUCAAGUUUGUGGGCCCGUCCCCAGAGGUGGUACGCAAGAUGGGGGACAAAGUGGAGGCCAGGCAGGCAGCCAUUAGUGCAGGUGUACAGGUGGUGCCUGGGACAGACAGUCCUGUGCAGUCGGUAGAGGAAGCCAAAGAGUUCUGUAACAAGCAUGGCCUGCCUGUCAUCUUCAAGGCUGCUUAUGGAGGGGGAGGAAGAGGCAUGAGAGUUGUAAAAAGUUUUGAUGAGGUGGAGGAGAACUUUAAGAGAGCUUCGUCCGAAGCUGAAGCAGCCUUUGGGAAUGGUGCUCUAUUUUUGGAGAAGUUCAUUGAGCGCCCGAGACAUAUAGAACUUCAGAUACUUGGUGACCGGGAUGGAAAUGUGGUUCACCUGUACGAGCGUGAUUGUUCUGUACAGCGACGCCACCAGAAGGUCGUUGAGAUAGCCCCUGCCCCACACCUUUCCAGGAUCAUCCGCGACAAAAUGGCUGCUGAUGCUGUCCAACUGGCUAAGCAUGUUGGCUAUGAGAAUGCUGGAACAGUGGAGUUCCUGCUGGAUAAAGAGGGAAACUACUUCUUCAUAGAGGUCAAUGCCAGGCUGCAAGUGGAACAUACCGUCACAGAGGAGGUCACAGGGGUUGACUUGGUACAAUCCCAGAUAAAGAUAGCAGAGGGUUACACCCUACCAGAGCUCGGUCUUCAGCAGGAAGACAUCAAUCUCCACGGCUACGCUAUACAGUGCAGGAUGACAACGGAGGAUCCAGCCAAGAACUUCCAGCCAGACACCGGCCGCAUAGAGGUGUUCCGAAGUGGAGAGGGGAUGGGUAUACGUCUCGACGGCGCUUUGGGUUUUGCUGGAGCUAUUAUCUCGCCUUACUACGACUCUUUACUGGUGAAGGUGAUUGCUCAUGCCUGGGAUCACUCAUCUGCUUGUGCCAAAAUGUUGCGGACUCUCCGUGAGUUCAGAAUCCGAGGUGUGAAGACUAACAUUCCAUUCCUGUUGAACGUUGUACAACAUCAGCAGUUCCUGUCGGGCUCUGUAGACACUUACUUUAUUGAUGAGAAUCCACAACUCUUCUCCUUCGAGCCGACUCAGAACCGCGCCCAGAAACUGCUGCAUUACCUGGGGCAGGUGAUGGUAAAUGGAGCACAGACUCCCCUCGCAACGUCACAGCUCCCCUCCGACAUCAUCCCCUCAGUACCCGACGUUCCCUUUGAAAUGCAAGAUUUGUUGAAGUCACCACCUGCUGGAUGGAGGGACGUGAUUCUGAAGGAGGGGCCUGAAGGGUUUGCUAAGAAGGUUAGACAACAUGAGGGGCUGUUGCUUAUGGAUACGACCUUCAGAGAUGCUCAUCAGUCACUACUGGCAACGAGGGUGAGAACCCAUGACCUGAAGAGGAUUGCCCCGUAUGUGUCUCACCGGUUCAACAACUUGUACAGCUGUGAGAACUGGGGAGGUGCCACAUUUGAUGUAGCCAUGAGGUUUCUCCACGAAUGCCCGUGGGAAAGACUUGCAACCCUGCGGAAGUUGAUCCCCAAUGUGCCAUUCCAGAUGUUACUUCGUGGAGCCAACGCUGUGGGCUAUACCAACUAUCCUGAUAAUGUGGUGUACAAAUUCUGUGACUUGGCUGUACAGCACGGUAUGGACAUCUUCAGAAUCUUUGAUUCCCUGAACUACAUGCCAAACAUAAUUGUUGGGAUGGAGGCUGUCGGAAAGGCUGGUGGUGUAAUAGAGGCUUCCAUGUCCUAUACUGGUGAUGUGUCUGACCCCACCAGGACCAAGUACGACCUCCAGUACUACUUAAACAUGGCUGACGAACUUGUCAAGGCUGGCACACACAUCUUAGGUGUUAAGGACAUGGCAGGCCUACUGAAACCCCAGGCUGCCACCCUGCUGGUCGGGGCACUGCGGGACCGAUUCCCUGAUAUGCCCAUCCAUGUCCAUACACAUGACACCGCUGGGGCUGGUGUGGCCUCCAUGUUGGCAUGUGCCCAGGCUGGGGCAGACGUAGUGGAUGUGGCUGUAGACUCCAUGUCAGGAAUGACGUCCCAGCCCAGUAUGGGUGCAAUGGUAGCUGCUCUGGAGAGGACUAAGUUAGACACAGGUAUCAGGCUGUCUGAUGUAUCAGGUUACUCAGCUUACUGGGAACAAACCAGAAACUUGUACGCUCCGUUUGAGUGCUGUGUAACAAUGAAGAGUGGAAAUUCUGACAUCUACAACAAUGAAAUCCCAGGGGGCCAAUACACCAACCUACAGUUCCAAGCUUACAGUCUUGGUCUGGCUGACCAGUUUGAGGAGGUCAAGAAGACAUACUCUGUGGCUAACAAGCUGAUGGGAGAUAUCCCCAAAGUUACUCCUUCCUCCAAAGUGGUGGGAGAUUUAGCCCAGUUCAUGGUCCAGAACAAACUCACUGGAGCUAUGGUGGAGGAGAGAGCAGAUGAGUUGUCUUUCCCUGUCUCUGUCGUGGAGUAUUUCCAGGGCUUCCUUGGUGCACCACCAGGUGGCUACCCAGAGCCACUGAGAACAAAGAUCCUGAAAGACAAAGAGAGAAUUGAGCACAGACCUGGUGAGUCACUGGCUCCCAUUGACUUUGACAAGCUAAAGACAAGUUUGGAGGAGAAGCACAACCAUGUUAUACGUGAUGUUGAUGUGAUAAGUUCUGCUCUGUACCCCAAAGUCACAGACGAUUUCCUUGAGUUCCGCAGCAGAUAUGGCCCUGUGGAUUGCCUGGACACAAAAAUGUUCCUUGUUGGUCCCAAGAUGGCACAGGAAAUUGAGGUUAACAUAGAGAAGGGAAAGACCCUGUCCAUUAAGACCCUGGCUGUUGGAGACCUCAACAAAUUCGGCCAGAGAGAGGUAUUCUUUGAGCUGAAUGGACAACUGCGUUCUGUCAUCAUCACAGACCAUGAGGCAACAAAGGAGCUAAGUGUCCAUCCAAAGGCCGUGAAGGGAGUGAGAGGCUCCAUUGGGGCACCCAUGCCUGGGACUGUCCUGGAGGUGAUGGUCAAGGAGGGAGACACAGUCAGCAAGGGUGACCCUAUUGUUGUUCUCUCGGCCAUGAAGAUGGAGAUGGUGGUCAAUGCACCCGCUGAUGGGGUCAUCAAAAAAGUGGCUGUGGCCCCCAACAUGAAGCUGGAGGGAGAUGACCUUUUGUUGGACAUGGAGUGUGAUAUGGAGUAGGGAAUCAUUUAUCUGGAGUCUGCUGAUAUCACCAGUUCAUAUCACCAUAUAUCAUAGUGUCAUCACUGAUACAUUAUCACUGUUACAUUACCAGUAUAGACUCUUAGUUCUAUUUCUCAUUUUCUCAUCUUUUUAUUUUCGAAAUUACUAACCAGUAAUGUGUAUCUACAUUACACUAUUUACCUUAAAACAUAUCUUGAAAAACGCUUACUUGAUGUGUAGUUGAUUUCACAUAGAAAACCAAAUCUGUUAUUGUGACCGAGCUUUAAUUUUUAGGUGACCUGAGCCAAAGGUUCGGUAACCUAUUGCCAUCUGCUUCCUCUGGAACGGUGAACCAUCUUUAACAUCUUGAUAUUUUCAGUUUUUACUGGAUUUUUCUUCUUUUUUUUUUAAUUUACUGCCUUGGCAAGGACCAUGUUCAGGUGUAGGGGUUUGAAGUUGAGGAAAUUGUGGAUGUUAGCCUUUUAUGGUCUUAUAAGGUGCAAAUUAGGGAAAAUUUAUGCAAGCUCGUAGUCUUCUUCUAACAGACUCUAAUGUAAAUGCCAGAGCUUUAGAGUUUAUAAUGUUUAUAUGUAGGAAGUUCUAGACAUUAAGAGUAAGUGGUUCAUGUUAUAUUCCUUUGACUUCAUAUGGAGCCUCGUAAAGGGGCCACAUUAUAUUAUAAUUAUUUAAGGAAAAUGACAUAAAUAGUUUGUUCUUUCAUUUUAUGAAGCCAUUUCAACUUCUAUAAGCUGAAACAACCUUGAGAAUAAUACCAAUACAUACCAAUUGCAUUUAGAGUUCCUAAGCCCCAGUGAAUCAGAUAGGCUCCAGCAAGCAGAGGGAAAUUUUACAGAUAUUAAAAUAAAAAUUCUGAAAACCUGCAAGUACAGGAGCUCUUCCCUUUCAAAUAAAGACAGGCACAAAAACGUAACUUGUUUAUCACAUAGGCUGUGAACGACCAAUGGGGCCAUGAUAAGGGCCAAACGUUAGCUGUAUAUACGGCAAAUGAUGUAACCAUUAAUUCUCUCACAUUUUGAUGUCACCUGAGCCUUGGCGAUUUGACUUUUUUGCAAUUUCUUUCUUGUUAAGCCAUUAUAUUAACAAAACUUUGUAUGGCCAAAACAAUGAAGUUAUUUAUAUUUCAUUCCUUUUUGAGUGAAUUACAGUUCUAGGGUUUCACAUUCACAAGUUAAAAAACCAUUGUUGUCAUCAUCUUCUAUCAAAAUUAAAUCUGCAGUUUAUAAAUUAUAUUCCAAAUGGUUUUGUCCUCCAGUUGAACAAACACAUAUAUUGACUGAUUUUUUAAGUUCAUUAUAGUAAACUAUUUAAUCCUAAAUGAGAAAGUUUGAUCAUAGGUACACAGGACAUCUGUUUUAUGUAUAUUGUCCUUGCCAACACUAACCAUAUUUCACAUCAUUUAAGGGUCAGCGGACCAUUAAGGCCCAUGUGUCUCUUGCUGAUUUUAAUUCUUGAAAUCCAUAUAUUUUUCACAAUGUAAUUAUGUGUAAAAUGUUUCUUUAUCCAACACACACUAAUUUAUACCGAUAGUGUUUAACCCUUUCAGCACUGUAGACCAUAAUGGACUCAUCCAUAUUAAUGCAUGGUAGUGUCUACUAAAGUUACAUAGGGGUGAAAGGGUUAAGGUGUUUCCGGAAAAGAAGAUUAGGAUGGGCUUAACCAUUUGUGUCAAAAUUUGAAGGAUUAUUUUUUAUAACUAACUUAGUCAAUUAUACUGAUAAAAAUUCUACUGUAAACACAUCCCAUAUCCAUCUAAGUCAAAACUUCUCUUAUUAGAAUUGAGCAUCAUGUAUUUGUAUUUUCAUGACAUUGUAUAAAAACGCCAGAUCUUGCAAACCAGGAUGCAUUAAUCGGGAAGUAUAAAAUGCUGUUGUGUUUUUUAUGUCUGAUAUAUAAAAAUGCCAAAACUUGCAAAUUAAUUCAUUUGCAUUUACUUACAAAACAUUCUCUUUUUGUUACUUGUUUACAGAUCUAUAUUAUUCUACCAAGU